AUGAGAAGGCAAGGACAAGAAGGCAAUGAGAAGGCAAGGAGAACCAAGGAGAAGAAGAUAAUGAGAAGGCAAGGAGAACCAAGGAGAAGAAGGAAACCGACGCCCCCGGCGGGGAAACCGACGCCCCCGGCGGGGAAACCGACGCCCCCGGCGGGGAAACCGACGCCCCCGGCGGGGAAACCGACGCCCCCGGCGGGGAAACCGACGCCCCCGGCGGGGAAACCGACGCCCCCGGCGGGGAAACCGACGCCCCCGGCGGGGAAACCGACGCCCCCGGCGGGGAAACCGACGCCCCCGGCGGGGAAACCGACGCCCCCGGCGGGGAAACCGACGCCCCCGGCGGGGAAACCGACGCCCCCGGCGGGGAAACCGACGCCCCCGGCGGGGAAACCGACGCCCCCGGCGGGGAAACCGACGCCCCCGGCGGGGAAACCGACGCCCCCGGCGGGGAAACCGACGCCCCCGGCGGGGAAACCGACGCCCCCGGCGGGGAAACCGACGCCCCCGGCGGGGAAACCGACGCCCCCGGCGGGGAAACCGACGCCCCCGGCGGGGAAACCGACGCCCCCGGCGGGGAAACCGACGCCCCCGGCGGGGAAACCGACGCCCCCGGCGGGGAAACCGACGCCCCCGGCGGGGAAACCGACGCCCCCGGCGGGGAAACCGACGCCCCCGGCGGGGAAACCGACGCCCCCGGCGGGGAAACCGACGCCCCCGGCGGGGAAACCGACGCCCCCGGCGGGGAAACCGACGCCCCCGGCGGGGAAACCGACGCCCCCGGCGGGGAAACCGACGCCCCCGGCGGGGAAACCGACGCCCCCGGCGGGGAAACCGACGCCCCCGGCGGGGAAACCGACGCCCCCGGCGGGGAAACCGACGCCCCCGGCGGGGAAACCGACGCCCCCGGCGGGGAAACCGACGCCCCCGGCGGGGAAACCGACGCCCCCGGCGGGGAAACCGACGCCCCCGGCGGGGAAACCGACGCCCCCGGCGGGGAAACCGACGCCCCCGGCGGGGAAACCGACGCCCCCGGCGGGGAAACCGACAAAUGUUUGUGGAAGUGCACUUCACAAUGUUGAUAUUGUGCUGGACUAUAUACAAGCACUGUAA